AUGGCGUUGCAUUCAAGAUCAAGUCUCGGAUUUCGUUAUGAGGGUCUGCUGUAUAUACCUAUUUUACUUUUAACUUUAAUUGGAAUUCCGGGGACCAUUGUGUCUAUGAGAUUCUACGGGAAACGAAUUCAGAAAUCAUCUUCCUCAACUGCAUUAUUCUUAACUUCUCUAGCCGUAUUUGAUAUGCUGUCCUUGGUCUCGAACAUUCCAACAGCAAUAUCGAUAUUUUACAUGGACGAAUGGAAUGAAGGCAAUAAAGAAUCCAUCACACGUUAUUUUACCCGUAUACCAAAAUAUUGGUCGAACUUAGUUCUGCUUUUGGCUGGGACUGAACGGCUUAUAGCUGUUGCUUUACCACACAAAAUGGCGACAAUUUUCACUAGAAGAGUCGCCAUUGUUAGUCUAAUAGUUGUGAUCAUUAUUGCACCUAUGAUUCUAGUGCCUUUGGCUUUAGAUCCACCAUUUGUCCUCGUUCCGACAAACGGCACCAUUACGCAUGUGCAAAGGAGUGUCAAAACAUUCAUUGACCCUGAUGUGCUUAAAAGAUUAAUUCAAAUGGUUUCCGUUUUGUAUUUUGGACUUCCGCUUGUCGGUGUUUUUAUUAGUAAUAUCUGCUUGGUCACCCUUUUAUUCAAUCGGUUCAACUCUAAACGCGGAAAGAGUGUAAGAGAUACAAUGACUUCAAAACAGGUUAAGGAAUUACGUACAACCAAACUAGUGAUUCUAGUAACUGUGAUAUUCAUCGUUUGUAUGUUACCCUUGGUGAUUAUGGUUCCAAUAAUAUCGGUCGAGAGGGAUGCAGUUUCUAUACGGUUGAUGCUGAUAAUGCGAGCUACAUCUACGCUUCUGGAGACUCUGAACUAUUCAAUGAAUGUUUAUGUUUAUUACUUCGGGAGCAACGACUUCCGUAAAGAGACACGUGGAAUGUUGUCAAGUAUGUGUGGCUGCUGCAAGAGGGCAACCGUAACUCCAAUGGAUGAUUGA